AUGAGCGCCUCGGGCAACAAGGAUUUCCGCGACCAGUUGGGCAAAUUCCGUCUCGAUUCGGGCCCUUCACUGCCGACGUCCUGGCACCCCCCGUCGCAAUCCGAGCCCAGCAGUGAUGCCCACUUGGCCCGGACCAAGCGCGUGUCGACAGCCUGUGACUUUUGUCGCAAGCGCAAGAAGAAAUGCGACUUUCGCUACCCCAACUGCUCCGCCUGUACCCGCGCCGGUGUCCGCUGCACGAUCCCCCCACCCGGCCCGCAGGUCGCCAGUGCCUCUGUGCCCCGAGAUCAGCUGGAGAAUCUUCAGAAACGCGUGCAAUGGCUGGAGGAGGUGGUACAACGCAAAUCGGGCAUUGCGGUGGCGGAUCUCCCAACGGGGGCCCCGGUUGACGGCGAGAGCGAUCCCGACUGGUGGUACCAGGUGCCCGCAAUGAUCGCCACUGGGGGUGGUCGCCCAUCGGCAACCUCAAUGUCCAGUCCGGCUGGUAGUGGGGGCUCCUCUGCUACUGCCGGGCCGACAGGAUCGGAGGCCUCGACUGCAGUCGGCACGGAGCUACCCAACGUCGGGGAGAUCUUUCGCGACCAACUAGAACAUCGCCGUCCGUCCGUCGCACGCCCCAAAUCUGCCCCACGGGUGCUGCGGCUGUCGUCGCUGGAGGAGGCGGAACGAGUAGCGGGUCAAUACUUUGACAGCAUGGGCUACCAAUACCCAUUCAUGUCCCGCCUCGAAUUCAUGGGCCAUCUGCGACAUGUUUACACGGGCGGUGUCCCGUCACCUGAAGUGCAUAAUGCCUACCACAUUAUCCUGGCUAUCUCGCUGUUGAUCGGGUCGGCCGAUGCCACCCAAGCAGCUGAGUUUUACCAUGCAAGCCAGGAGACUUUGCCGCUGGCACUGCAGAACGAAGAUCUACCCGCUGUGCGCGCCUUGCUAGGGCUUGCUCUCUAUACGUUGUUUGCGACAGCGGGGCCCAGCGUCUGGCAUGUACUGGGUGCGACCAUGCGGCUCGCGACUAGUCUCGGUCUCCACAAGGCGCGGUCGUCUUCGAACCUGGCAGAGGAGGAAAUGGCAAAGCGGGCUUUUUGGAGUCUCUACAACCUCGAUCGCCUCAUCGCGAGCACCCUGGGCCGACCACUGGGGAUUGCCGAUGAAGACAUCAGUGUGGAUCUUCCACGGGAACUGAAUGAUGACGGGUUAGAGGCACCGGGGUCGAGCGCAAUGACAAUCCCCUUGCAAGUGGUGCGUCUUCGGCGGAUCUUUUCUCGCAUCUAUCGAUACUUAUACAGCAGCCUGCCCCGCCCAACACCACAAGAAGCCGCCGCCAUGCUCAGUCACUUCCGCCGAGAGGUGGAUGACUGGCGGAUGGCGGCCCCAGUGUAUCCCUCAGCCCUCCUAUACUCCACUUCGUACUAUGACUACCUCUACUAUACUACCCUCCUCUUGAUGUACCGUCCCAGCCCGCGCAACCCGACCCCUGAUGUAACCAGCAUCGUCAGUUGCGGUGACUCUAGCAUCCAAGUGAUUCGGUCCUACUGGGAUAGCUACUCGGUGGGCAAGCUCAAAUGGAUCUGGUUGACGUUGAGCCAAGUUUAUUUUGCAGGCAUCACCAUCCUUUGGUGUCUGGAGCAAAACGCGCGCUCACUGCGGGAAUCGCAGCCCGCUCCCUGGCACCCCGACGAGCAGAUGAUGCGACGCGGGAUCCAAGCGGUCGUCGUACUACUCGAGGAGUUCGGUAAGCGACGACCCGGGGUCGACCGUCUGGCUGAGACGUUCCGUCAUCAGAGCACGAUAAUUUUCAGCCAGAUGGCGUAUCAGCAGCAGCAAUUAGAGGCGCAACAACAGCGACAGCAACAGCCACCACCACAGCCUCCUCUGGUCCCUCUCCAGUCUGUAUCGCUGGCGGCGCCACCUCCCCCUCCCGUUCCACUUGCACCUAUUCUCGACGAUGUUUUGCUUGAGGAUGGCAGCGGGGCCGUUCCAAUGAUUGACCCACAGAUGGCGGAGCAGCUCUUCUACUCGUACAAUUGGUUCCAAGAGGAAAUGGCUUCAUAUUAUACCCUUUGA